AUGUUGUAUACUGAUGUAGAAGAUGGAGUUUUGAACACCUUGGUACACUUAUAUGAUUCACCAUAUAGGUGUUUCACUUUCCCUGAUUAUAAGCCUGCACCUACUUUGGAGGAGUAUUCCUAUUACAUAUGCUUGCUUGUUUCAUAUCAGACACCAUUUAAUGGUUCAGAGGAGAUUCCUAAGUCUCGUGUCAUUGUAGAGGCUGUGCAUUUGAGAAAAUGGGAGAUUGAUGCUAAUCCUGUAACCAAAGGAGGUAUUCUUGGUCUACCUACUAAGCUCUUAAUGGAGAAGGUUACUACUCUUUCUAAUGCUAGGAGCAUGGUUUCUUUCGAAGUUAUUCUCACUUUGCUUAUUUAUGGCAUAAUCUUGUUCCCUAAUAUUGACAACUUUGAGGAGAUCAAUGUUAUUUGUAUCUCUCUGAUUCGGAAUCCAGUUCCUACUUUGCUCGCAGAUACCUACUAUUCUAUCCAUCACAAAAUGGAGAAGAACGGAGGAACUCUCACAUGUUGUGCACCUUUAUUGUACAAGUGGUUUAUUUCGCACUUUCCGCAGUCCAGCUUAUUCAAGGAUAACAAGAAGUGUUCAAGGUGGUCUCAAAGGACCGUGUCUCUCACCAAUGCAGAUGUGACUUGGUAUUCUAGAGUUUAUGAUGACGUGAAGAUUAUUGACAAUUAUGGUGAAUUCCCUAAUUUACAUCUUCUUGGUACAAAAGGAGGUAUCAACUACAAUCCGAUUUUGGCUCGACGUCAGCUUAGGUAUGCUAUGAAGGAUAAACCAAACAAUAUUAUUUUGGAAGGCUUAUUUAUUCAAGAAGGUGUUGAUAGCAACAAAUUAAAGGAGAAGAUAGUUCAUACCUAG